AUUUAACUUUUAUCGAAAAAUAAGAUUCCGCUUUCAGACUACUACUACGGACUACCUAUCGUGUUCUGUAUAGAACCCAAUUAUGUGAUGAAUCAUUUGCUUACAUGAACAAGAAUCAGAAGCAAUAUGUUCAUCUUGGGGAGUUUGUUUAACAGGGAAAAAAUGACCUUAUUGAUAAGAAGAUCACGUAUAGGCAUGGACGAAUACCGAGGUCAUCAUAUUCAGUAGCACGGAUAGAGAAAGUAGACAAGCUCAUUACCAUGGUUGCUGGAUCUUUAGACGUCAUAGAUUUUCCAAGCAUGGAAGAAUUUAAUUACAAGUUUGGGACAGAAUGGUGGAGAGCCUGGCACCGUCGCCUUUGGGUAAAGCGGCCGCAGCGAUUUGAACCAAGCCACGGUGAAUCUAAGAAGUCCAACCACCAUUGCUUAAUUCCGAACUUUAAAGGAUGUCAAAGACACCUCAACUUAUUGGAUCGACAUCAUCGUGAAGCUCACAAAAACACUAGCAAAUAUUUGGCAGUGUGCAAGAAAGAACCUCAUUCCAGAUCGGCGCUGGUACCACUUAUAGUGCUUCAAGCCGACAACCCAAUAAUCAUUUCUUCUUCUGCAACUAUGCCUAAAAGGCCUAGGCUCACGGUUUUUGAUAAAGACCUGAAACCUGCACAGAGAACCAUUCCUGACACUUCACUUCUACAUAAUUUAGGGAAUCACCUCUCAGUGUAUGCUAGAGCGGGACGGGGGCCCCCUACGCAAAAUCUUAAUUGUCGAGGUGCGUGGCGUACUGCAUUAAAGCUGUAUCGUGUCUCACAUUACAAGUACAAGGAACUUUUUAUUGCCGCUGGUUUUGGAGAUUUUCUCGAGAUCGAACCGGUGGACCUUCCAGUAGCUUACAGUUUGGCUUUGAUGGAGAGGUGGUUCAGCGAGACCAACACCCUACACUUACCCUGUGGUGAGAUUGGUCCAACUCCUGUGGACUGGACCAUGGUUACUGGCCUGCGUUUUGGAGGUAAAUGCAUUGGAGUCAACACCAACUUCUCGAUGGAUAGAGCCCUGUAUCUUCUUGGAAAACCGAAUGCUAAAAAGAACAGUAAGAUCCUCUUGAGUGCGAUAAUACCCAAGGAGGAUGAGGUGCAGGAAGACCCGCUAGAUGAUGACACAAAGGAAAAAGUUUUCCGUCGUUUGUUCCUUUAUGUUGUUAGCAGUUGUUUCUUUAGCAACGACCAUUCGACAAUUAGUCAUAAGCUCGUAGAGUGUCUGGAAAGAGUAGAUGAAGCGGGAAAUUAUGAUUGGGGAGCAAUCACAUUUUCAGCCUUUCUUAGUGGAAUGAGAAGAAAGGUCACUGCAGAGACAGGAGCUUUUACAGCAUUCUGGCAGUUUCUUACGUAUUGGGCUUUUGAGUAUUUGGAUAUAAAUCGUCCAAAGGCUCGUCGAGGCAAUGUCUUUCCGAGGGCAAAGCGCUGGAUUUGUCCAGAAACAUCUACCGAGAAUGCGAAUCCACACUUCUUUGGUCCACAGUUUAUUGCUUGCCGCUGUCAACUGAACUAUGUUGAGGAGUCCCAGGUUACCUGGGUACCUUACCCUGAAAAAUGUUACCCACCUGCCAUGCUGCCCACUAUCAAGCUCGCAAAGAAAAGGAUCCCAUUUCGGAGCAUUGAAACCUGGGAAUACUAUCUCGGGGAGAGAUGUCUACGGCAGUUGAGUUCCCCUCGUCAAGUUCCCAAAGAUCCUCCACAGAUUAUGCAUGGAACAGGGGAAGGUCAGAAUGAUGUUAAAUGGAAGGGGAUUCCAGCUGAAGAUCUAGUUGAUCGGAGUCUUGAAUACCCGUCUUGGUUUGCAAAUGCAUCAAUUGGGAGAAUCCUUAACGUGAACCCAUUUCUUGGUGGACUUAACCUUGCAGAGAAGCUUUUAAGCCAGUGGAUGGAGAAGCACCAGCCUGAUUUGAUCCCUAUCAGUCAAGCUGAAUAUAUCAAAAUGAAAGAGGACCGUAAUGCUUUGGAAGAAGAGUGUGCAAAGCUUCGAGAAGAGCUGUCUCGAGCUAAAGAAGCUAAAUCUUCCCAAGGUUAGGCGUAUCUCUGAACAAGCUUUGGCUACUUUCUCUUGGUUUCUAGCUAUCUACUAUGUUCCAGAGGUUUGAUGUCCUUGAUGACCGUUACUCAAAGAUUUCAUUCCAUGUAAUGUUUAGAACUUGAAUCCUUAUAUGUGAGGGGCCUUGUUUUACAACUCGAAGCCCCAUAGUGUAAUAUUGGAGCCUUUGGUAUUUUUGCAGCUACUCAAGUAUAUUUCAGCUACAUCUUAUAUACAGUAGUUUAUCAAUCUGAUUUUA